AAAAUUAGAUGGUAGGAAGCACUGAAACAGUAACCUUUUACAGUGUUACAUUGUAAUUCUGUGGUCAUGGAGACUGGGAGAAUCCCGCGAAGUUCCCCUCUUUAAGUCGAAAAGUCUUUAUCCUGAAGAUGAAGGGGAAUUCCCUAGAUAACAAACUGUUUAAGGAAGAGAACUAGUUUUGUAAAAAUAUUUAUUGCUUUCUAAUUAUUGGGUAAAAGAUGAACCCGGGAAACCCUUUCAGUGGGCAGCAGGCUAGUGCUUUUGCAGUAUCUUCUAGUAGUUCUGUAGGUACAUUUCAGGCUAAGCCACCAUUUCGCUUUGGUCAGCCUUCUCUUUUUGGACAAAACAAUACAUUAUCUGGGAAGAGCCCAGGAUUUUCACAGGUACCCAGCUUUGCAGCACCUUCCGGAGUAAGUCAAUCCUCUUCAGUGCAAACGUUUGGAGUCACCCAGACCUCAAGUACUGCACUCUUUUCUGGACUUGAACACACUCCUCCUUUUGUAGCUACCUCUGGGCCUUCAAGUUCGUCUGUGCCUAGAAACCCAGGAUUUAGUUUUACAUCACCCAGCACUGGGAUUUUUCCAAGUACUUCCACUUUUGGACCAGAAGCUGGAGAAAUAGUGAGCUCUGGUUUUGGGAAAAAAGAAUUCAGCUUUAAACCUCUGGAAAAUGCAGUAUUCAGACCAAUACUGGGGUGUGAGUCCGAGCCAGAGAAAACUCAGAGCCAAAUUACACCUGGGUUUUUCAAAUUUUCCCACCCAAUUAGUGGACCUGGAGGCCUGACCUCUUUUUCUUAUCCUCAUGUGACAAGUAGCUCAGCUACAAAUUCAAGUUUUAUCUUUUCAAAACCAGUUAAUAGUAGUAAUUCAUCAUCUGCUUUUACCCCUGCUUUGCCAAACCAAAAUGUAGAGGAAGAUAAGCGGGUACCCAAAUCAAUAUUUGGAAGUUCUAGUAGUAGUAGCUUCAGUAGCUUCCCUGUUACAUCAUCUGGGUCUUUGGGAGAACCCUUCUCAGUUAGCAAAACUGGUGUCCGACAAGGGUGUGAAGAUGCUGUUUCCCAGGUGGAGCCACUUCCCAACCUUAUGAAAGGACUGAAAAGGAAAGACGACCAGGAUCGUUCCCCCAGAAGACAUGGCCAUGAGGCAGCAGAAGACUCAGACCCUCUAUCCAGAGGUGAUCAUCCUCCAGAUAAACGCCCUGUGCGCCUGAAUCGACCCCGGGGAGGGACUCUGUUUGGUCGGACAAUACAGGAUGUCUUCAAAAGCAAUAAAGAAGUAGGCCGUCUGGGCAACAAGGAUUCCAAAAAAGAAAGUAGUUUUGUGGAGUCUGGGGAAAGUGAACAUAUGGCAAUCCCAGGAGGGAGUCAGUCUGCUCUGGCAUCUUCCCGGCUUCCAGGUGUGAAUAAAGAGGAAGAAACCCAAAGCAGAGAGAAAAAAGAAGAUUCUCUAAGGGGAACUCCUAUACGUCAGAGUAAAAGAAGUGAGAGCACGGACAGUCUUGGAGGCUUGUCUCCCUUGGAAGCCACAGCUAUUCAGUGUAAGAACAUCCCGAUUACCUCAAUGACAGAACCAUCCUGGAGAACCACUUCAGCAAAAUCGCUAAAGUACAGCGCAUAUUUACCAGGCGCAGCAAAAAGCUUGCAGUGGUGCAUUUUUUUGAUCAUGCAUCUGCAGCCCUUGCUAGAAAGAAGGGGAAAGGCUUGCAUAAGGAUGUGGCUAUAUCUUGGCACAAGAAGAAAAUAAGUCCCAACAAGAAACCCUUUUCCCUGAAGGAGAAGAAACCUGGUGAUGGUGAAGCCAGCCAGAGCACAGAGGACUCACC